AACAGACUCUUCUUCGGCAAAACCAAAGUCAUGGCCGUCGCGCUGGGCCACACGCCCGAGAACGAAGCCGCGGAGAACCUGCACAAGCUGGCGCCGACGCUGACGGGCGCCGUCGGCCUCCUGUUCACCUCGCGCGACCCGGCCUCGGUAACGGACUACUUUGACGGCUUCCGCCCCCUGGACUACGCUCGCGCGGGCACGGUCAGCACGCGCGCCUUCACCAUCCCCAACGGGCUGGUGUACUCGCGGGCCGGGGAGAUCCCGGCCUCGGAGGACGAGCCUGUCAGCCACACGAUCGAGCCCGAGCUCCGCAAGCUGGGCGUGCCCACCCGCCUCGUCAAGGGCAAGGUCAUGCUGGAGCUGACCGACGACCAGGAGGGGUACCCCGUGUGCCGGGCCGGCGAGGUGCUGGACUCGCGGCAGACGACGCUGCUCAAGAUGUUCGGCGUCGUCUCGUCGGAGUUCCGGGUCGCCUUGAAGGCGCACUGGACCCGGAGUACGAAUGAGGUCGAGCUGUUGGAGAAGGAUGGGGAUGGCAUGGAGGAGUAA